AAACUGUUCGCACUAACAAAACAAAAAAUAAAAUUGAUUUAAACAGUGAGCACCGCAUACAAAACAAAAAAAAAAAAAGAAAGAAAAUUACAAUUUUCAUUUUUAUUCUCAGGGAGUGCACACAAGACAAAGCAAUCCGUUUAGGGUACAUGCCCUAUAAAGACACACGUGACCAAUCCAGGAGAAUUUUCAAAAAUAUCAGGACCCGCGAUAAAUGGACACACCCCUUCUGUGAGGAUGUCCCGUUUAGUACAGACUCACGACUUUACAUCCGUGCAUCUGGAUAACUGCAAAAGAAGCAAAAAAAAACCGAAAAUAGAAGAAUGGCGGAAGAUAUUAGCUGGGAACAACUACAGCUUUGAAAGCUUCGAGGAAAUGUACUCAUGCUUUGCGUGCCAGGGUGUAGAUUACUUGUGUAGCGAUAUGAUGAAAAGGGGAGUGUCAUUAGUGGAUAGUUCCCUUGUGUUUACCAUUAUUCUAUUUCAGUUAUUUUAUUGUGCUAUGUUUUUUUCUGUUUCUUUGUUAAUGAGCAUCAAUUACGGUUUGACUUAGCUGGUAGCUGCCAAAGCGAUAUCAAUUUUUUCAAUAUAUUCAAUCC